AUGGCUUCUUCGGAUUCAAUGUUUUUAUUUGAGUUCAUUGUUGAAAAAUUUAGGAGCGGCUUAGAUUCUGAAACCAUUUAUUUCAAGGCCAACUUCAAAGACGUGUUUGAUAUAUCCUUGGACAAUCAACAUGAAAUCAAAUCAAAGGUAAAAAGGAAGAAAACUAAAAUUAGAACUAUUAAAUCGAAAGAAGAGACGCGGAAAGUAUCAUUAACUAAAAUUAAAAUAGGAGGGUCAAUAUUAAUAAGCAUGAUACCGCAACAACUUAUAAAUACUAUGUUUAACAAUGAAUUGGAAGUAUCUCUGUGGAAUAAAAAUUUAAAUAGAAAGCUCGGUUCAGUGAUGAUUCCUUGGGCACAGUCCUAUUUAAACUACAUAUCAACUUCAGAAUACGAUCAAAAUAAGGUACCCGUGUAUGUGAGAAAAGUAUAUACCAUAUGCAAUAACUUCAAUAAAAAAAUUGCUUUAGUAAAAUUGAAAGUAAAGCUUUCUUAUUUCGAAGCACAAAGAAAUAACGAACUAAUACCAAAGACUCUUGCCUAUGAUGUAACAAAGUCAUCAAAGUUAUAUUCUGAUAUAAAUAAAAUUGAACAAAUAGAUAAACAGCAUGGCGUUAUCAAAACAACAUACAGUGGUAAUAAAAUUAUGAAAAGCACAAAAACAAAUAAAGAUUACAAAUCAAAACUUAAGCCAAUUUUUGAUAGUCAAAGUACAAAAAAUGUUGAGAAUAAGGAAAAUGCUAUAGAAGACAAUAUAACUUCUGAGGAACAAGCAAAAGAUGAUGCGAAAUCGGAGAAGAUAAGAAAUACAAGAGUUUUGAGCAAGUCAAAAUCUUUGACAAAGAUUGAAAAAAUGCGUUAUAAGCCCUUGCAUUACAUAUUUGGAGACCCAAAGGGGCAAUUUGGAGGCAAGACCUACUGUGUGAACUAUUGUACUGUGGAAAAAGAAUUAUCAAACCAAACAUCUAAAUCUUCUAUACCUGACAAAUCUCCAUCUAAUAAAUCAAUCCCAUCCAAAGCCAAGUUUAAAUUUAAGCCGUGUGAUAGCGAAUGUCAAGUUAUGAAAAACAGAUCGGGUUCUUGUCCAGCAAGUACGUGUACGUUAGACCUUCCUGAGGAAGCCGCUCCUCUAAUUAGUAUUGCGAAAUGUAAACAGGUAGUUUGUGAUAACAAACAGCACAGAGUACUUCCACCACCAGCGGAUGAUCGGAUUCUAUUAGAUCUAUCAAAUAUGGAAAGAGAUUGUUGUGAUCAAACUGAUAUGACCAAAAUGGUUGAAGAGGUAAUUGGUGGUGUGACAGCCAAGAUGAAAGUUGGUAAAGACCCUUGCUAUUGUUCGUGUGAAUGCAGAUUCGGUUUCAUGAAGAAAACGACAUACUGCGGAGUAUGUGGCGGUUACGAAAUGAUUGGAGAAGAAUUAGCAGGAAAACAGAUAAAAGAAGUAUUUCCAUGUCCCUUCUAUCAUAAACUUAUUGAUAAGAAUAAGUUAAAAACAUUGAGCACUACUGGAAGUGACAGUAAGAAGAAAGGUGACGAUGUAAGUGUAAAAGCGAUGAAAGUUAGUUCAAGCCAGAAAGCAACAGCAUCUGAAAAGCGCACCCCAUCAGCUGUUACUGAAAAGAAAAGCGUUGAAUCCGAAAAAGAUAGCAAAAAAAGUAAAAAGAAAAAGAAAGAUGAUCGAUUUAAAUUCAAUUACGGCUAUAAAGGUAUACCUCCUCAAAUUGGACACAGUAGAUGUGCAUUUCCUUGUACUGGCACAUUGAAUAAUGUGCCGAAAAAGAUGGGUUGGCUCUGGACUGCUGAAGAUAUACCAGGAAUGAAGUUUCGCCCAGGCUGGAAACCUGGUGCCACUAAUAAACACGUGGUUAGAUUACUUAGAAUGGCAAGAAAUCCGGGUGAAGUUUUGCUGCCUAAAAGAAAAGACGAGAAGCGUCAAAGAAGAAACCUUUAUUACGCCCUCUUCUUAUAG